AUGGCCAAUCAUGUCCCAGAAGUGGCUUGCGAACUCGAGGUAGGGGUGGUCUGCAGGGGAAACUCGUCUGGUUCGCGAGGUACGCGCCCCGCGCUUCGGUAUCCUCCAAUAUCAGGGCUAGAAAGGUGGGCGUCGACGAGAUACAGAGUAGACUGCAGACAGACAUGUGCUACCAAUCUCUGGGCGCCCUCGAGCAAGAAAACUCCUGCCCAUACGGAGCCAUCACUUAAAUCAGCAGCACAGCCGUCACUCAAAUCAGCAGCAGCACAAUCGCCUCCUCCUCCAUACACGAGGAAGCCGAUGGUGCCUACAACAUUGGCACCGGGAGCUGCAGCUCAACCAAUCCGACCUCAGACUGCUUCACGGCCACCAGUAACCUCCUAUCCUCGGACGGCCACUCCUGUUCCGCUUCAGCCCCAACCUCAACCUCAACUUCAACCUCAAUGGCACCAGCAACUGCCAGUCCCCGGGUCCGUCCCAGCCAGGCCUCGAUCAUCUGCAGGGACCACAUGUCUCACUAUCCCAUCGAGCUGGGUCACUUCCUAUCCCCCAUCAUCCUACCAGUUUGGAGACCCGCGCCAGCAUGGCCAUCACCAGCAACCGAUUGUGGUGAACCAGUACUAUCUUGGUCAACAACUCCCUGUUGUCCACCGCCCGGCCUAUGGCUGCGCCACUGCCAAUAGUGUCGUAAACAUUGGCAACUCGGUUGUCGACAUGGCCAAUGGAUGCCUGCCAGCUAGCUUUCAGGUCCGCCACCUCCCGCACAACCUUGAUGAUGGCCUUCCGGCUUGGCAUGGCUACAGCUCCCAGCUUCUCAACCAGAGCGCAGCUGCGUGCGACCGCCUUGGCCAAAGACUUAACAGCGUAUUGACCCUGAUUGAUGGGGAUCAAUGUAAGGGUAAUGAGCGGGAGCUCUUCAUGAUAAACCCGCAAGUUCCAGGCACUGUGUCGCCGCCAGUCACCAAAGCGGAGGUAGCUUCCAAGAAGAUGGCUAGACCCAGCAGCAAGUCCGGGGAUAAGACAUCUAAACGAUCCAGUCGGAUGAGCUCACCGGAUAAGAAUUCCAAGGGGCAGACCACAGCCAUAGCAGCCAGUGUUAUGACGGGUGACUAUUUUUCCAAGGUGGAGUUGUAUGCCAACUCCAAGCUGCCAAUGGACCUACCUGCCCUGAAGCUCUACAUGCCCACCUGGCCAAUUCUCUGCCUCGCAGCGCAGUACUCGGAGCGCGUUUACGCCCGCCCGCGUGGCGCCGAGAUGGACACACACGUCGACGCCGACUGGCGCACGGGAGCCAAAGCUAUGGUGAUCAAGUCGGUUCCCAUGGACCACAUGAAUACCAUUGUCUUUGCCAUUCGUGGCAGUGCCUCCUUUAUGGAUUGGGCAGUCAAUCUCAACACAGCGCCUACCUCACCUAUGGACUUCCUCGACGAUCCGGGCAACUUUUGCCACGCCGGUUUUCUGUCUGUUGCCCGCAAGAUGAUCGCCCCUGUGGCCGCCCGCCUCAGAAAGCUGCUGGAGGAGGACCCCGGCCGCAGCACAUACUCCCUACUAUUGACGGGCCACAGCGCCGGCGGGGCCAUUGCGGCUUUGCUGUACGCCCACAUGAAGAAUCAAGUCGUGAGUUCGGAGCUCUCGAACCUCGCAGGAUGUUUCCGCCGCAUCCACUGUGUCACCUUUGGCGCUCCGCCAGUCAGCCUCCUGCCCUUGGCUCCUCUUGACUCGGACAAGAAGAGCCUUUUCUUGAGCUUCGUAAACGAGGGUGAUCCCGUGGCGCGGGCCGACAUGGCGUAUGUCAAGAGUCUGCUGGAGCUGUUUGCUGCCGCUGCGCCCACAAAAAGCAAAGAAAAAGAUGGCAGCAAAUCAAAAAGCGGCAACAGCAGCAGCAGCAGCAAAUCAGACAAGGAUAAGAAGCGCUCAUCCUCGUCUACCGCAUCCGUAUCCAGCAAAUCUUCUUCGACGUCGGAGAAGAAGAAGGCGUCGUCCUCGAAACCUACCUGGAAGCUCCCGCCCAGUACGCUCAGCAACGCAGGGAGGAUCGUGGUCCUGCGGUCGGGCGACCCGAAGCGGGCAAAGAAGGCGUGCAGCGACCGGCGCACGGUAGAGGAGCGGCUGAACGAGGGCGUGGUCGCACAGAUUGUGACGGAUCAGCAGCUGCGCGCCGUCGUGUGGGGUGAUCCGGCGGCGCACCUGAUGCGGCUGUAUUCCGGUCGGAUCGAGACGCUUGCCGUUGGUGCUGUCACUGCGAGGGAUCAUUAAUGAAAUGUGGUGAUGAUUUUUGUGUUUCUGUUUUUUUUUUUAUUGUGCUUUCUUGUUUCAUGUUGGCUGAUGCUUUUCUUGGUGUUGGUGCGACGACGACGAUUAUGUCUUAUGAUCCGUUAUGACUUUGAUACCUGGCCUAACGAGCCGUUUUCUUCUUCUUCUUCUCUAUUCUAUGUUUGAGAGUACAUAUAAAACUUGGGGAAUAUCCAGAUCCAUGCUGAAAACCCGCUGUUCUAUAAUUUAUUCAUGACGAAAAAGAAGUUCCUUGUGACUAGGUGCUGUUGGUUAUGGCAAAGGCAUCCGCUCCAAAGUUUCGCAGGCCUCUCUCACAGCGGUAGACAAAUACUCAACAUUCUUGAAAGAAAAGACGUUGAAGUGAUGUCCCGGUAUGUCGACCACCCUCACCAACCAGUCCUUCCUGUACCGAUCCCACUGUAGAGACUUAUCCGACCGCGCCAGAUCGACCCGCGCAACGCCGUCACCCUCCAUCGGGACGGGGUCGACGGCCCUUAGGAGGAUAGCAGGCGGCGGCGGGCUGUGGUCCUCCCAAGCCGGCAUCUCCCACUUGGAAACCAUUUCCGACGCGUCGGCAAAACACCUCGUCACCUUGUCCUUCGUCUCCUGCUUGGUCGUGGGCGUGAAGACGUGCUGCGACGCCACGGCCUGGAUGGUGGGCAUGUUGCGGCCGCCCGACGGCUGCACCCACGUGAGCGGGCAGACGCUGUCGAUCAUGACGAGGCCCACGACCCUGAGAGCGCGAUCUCCCCGGAGCACCUUGGCCAUCUCGAGCGCGACCAGGCCGCCCAAGCUCCAGCCGCCCAGGAUGAUCCUCCUCCCCCUCUUGGCGGCGGCGGCGCCGGCACCGUCGGACUCUUCAAAGGCGCCCCGCAGCAGCCGCACGUAGUGUCGAGCCAUCUCGGGGAUUCCACCGGGCAGCCAGGACCGGCCGGUGUGGAAGUUUGGGUUGGCGAUGCCGAUCACCCGCCGGCCCAGCAGCGGGUCGAUGCAGUGGUAGUUGAAGACGGUGCCGCCGCCGUCGUGCACCAGCACCAGCGGCGUCAGCGCAUCAUCUGGCGUUCCGGGCACUGGGUCCUCGAUCAGACAGGGGUUUUCGUCCCACAUGGCCAGGAAGGUUUGGGGGAUUUUUGCGAUGGCAGUUCUGUAGGAAGGGUAUGGUUGUGUUGUGCUGAGUAUUUUUCUUUGGGCAACGCCACGUGUGGGGGUUUAAGUUGGGAUAUUGAGUUUGGUUUUCUUGAUGGAUCUGGGUUUUGAUUGUUCAGUGAGCUCAAUCUGACCGUCACCACAUCUCAAAAGUAGGAUCAAUGAAGAAGUUUGCGGUUCAGUAUUCGAUAUGCCCUCAAAAAAAAUUCGCUGGUUCAACCAGAUCAUGCCAGACUUAACUUGGGGGACUUUGGUCAAAAUUACCGCGAUAUCCCUGAGUCUAGCAACCAACAAAGUUUCAACGUUGCAUGCCCGGGGCUUCCCGUCAUCAGCGUUUGCAUGUUUGUCUCCGACUAUCCGGCCCCUCCAUGCCUUGGGCCAAG